AUGCGGCGCUUUGAGUUGCUGUAUCAACUGCUGAAAUUUCAGUGCUUCGUCCUGAAUUGUGUGGGCUUUCUGAAGAUACGCUUUGAUAGAGCUCAGCAGCGCUAUCGUCUGGACUUUGGCUGCUGUUGUCUAUUUGCCUACUUCCCCAGCUAUCUGCUCGUGCUACUUAACUUUCUGCAUUUAUAUCUGCGCUGGGACUUGGAGACCCACAACGCCAACCUGAACGAGCUUGAACCCGGCACGCAACCCGAAUUAGAUGUCUUGGAUUGCAUCAGCCAAAUCUGCCACAAUGUGGCGUAUGUGUGGAUAAUCAUCAGAUGUUUGACCUGCAGGCUUCAGCUUUGGUAUAUGGUGGAUCAGGCCCAAUUGAUCUUUAAGCAUCUAACUUCCUUGCUACGUGAGCGUUUUGUGCCCAAAUGCUCUUGGGUGCUGUUCUUGCUGGGCGCUCAGCAGUUUCUCUUGCUGCUGCUGCUGACCUGGAAGCUCAUCUGGCUGGAUAGGCCGCCGGCAUAUGAUAGCGUCUAUAUAAUCGUCAAAUAUGCCAUGGGUGCAGUUCAUCUGCUUUUGGCUCUGCUGUUGAGUUUUCACCUCUUUCAGCAUCUGUUGCAUGCAGCAUUGCUGCAAUCGCUAAAUCAGGUAUUGCAGCAAUUGCAGUUGCCGCAUGAUCUUAAGCUACUGCGUCAGUUGUUGCACGUGCAGCCUUUGCUUAAACGAAUGCAACAUUUGGCUGCCUACUACUUUAGGGCCACAUUUUGUUGGUACUUCAUUGUAUUGUGUUUCAAAUGUGGCAUCUUUGUGAGCGAAUUCAGCUACGAUGAAAACGUGUUGUUGCAGAGCCAAAAGAGUCAGGACGACAUUGAGGAUGAAGCCGAGUGGAUGGGCAUGGAAGCGCUACCCACUCGUGGCCAGCUGCUGACCUCGUCAGCACUGCAAGUGGCAUGGCAAGUGGCAAUAUUAUUGCCUCUGCUAUGUGCGGCAAAGAUACAGCUGCGAGAGCAUAAAAAAUUGUUUAACAACAUCUGGAAAAUAGAGUUUCCCAGCAAAUCUGCGACUUCUAGAGCAAGACUUCAGCGUGGCGGAACUACCAAGGACAUCAUCAGCUUUUUGGUCAGCACCCGAGUGCGUUUCGAAGAUUAUCGUCCAAAAUCUAUCAGCUUUAUGGCUUGGAAACCGAAUGCGAAUACGGCUGUAAUACAAUUCGUUGGCAUUAUUAGAAGCUGCAAAAUGCUGCUGCAGGUGGUGCUCUGCACCGUCAUCUCGGAUUUUGUGCAGCAAAUGGAGCUGAGGCACUUGCAGAAUUGCCUAAAAAAGAGCUCCAACUAA